GUUUUUUGACUAGUAGAGAAGACAACCAUGAAUUUUUAGUAUUGGAGAACAUUAAAAAAAUUGGGUUUGAACUCUUCGAUAAGACGAAAAUUUUGCCUUACGAACACAUAGAGCUAAUAUAUAAAAAUUAUGCGCAUUUACAUGCGACCAGCUUUUUGUAUAGAAAAUAUAAAAUGAAAGAAUUCGAUAAAUUGGUAAAGGGCUUGCAGAAUCUGAAAUGUUAAUUAGUGUCGAGUAUAAGAUUACGAUGUGGAAGGACGUAUUUGAAAUGGUAGGUGAAAAACUGAUUACUGGCCAAGAUGAUGAUGCUAUAGCAGCAUAUGACAAAUAUAACAAAGAAGACCUUGAAAUAUUCCGGCGAUCAUGGUACUAUAAAGGAAAACACACUCUUCUUACACACGGAGACUGUUGGAGCAAUAAUAUGAUGUUUAAAUAUGAUACGAAAAAUAAUGUAGUGGAUUUAAAACUGUUGGACUGGCAACUCAUUAAACCAGGUUCACCUGUUCACGACUUGUCUUACUGUCUUUAUUCAGGAGCAUCACUUGACACGUACGAAAGACUAGACGAUCUUCUCAAGCUUUAUUAUAAACAUUUUUCUGCAAUUUUGCGCCAAUGUGGGGAAAAUCCAGAAGAGGUGUAUCACUUUUCCACAUUAAAAGAGGAAUGGAAAGAAUAUUGUAGAUUUGGCAUGGUGAUGUCUCUAAUUAAAACUACAGAACAGAAAGAUAAAGUGGAUUUGUCUGAUUUUGGUACUAGUGACAAUAAAUUAGAAAUAGCCAGGAAAAUGAUACGAGGAACGCCUUCAGAAGAAUACGACAGAAGGAUACGAGGACUCUUCACAAAAUAG